UUUACAAGUGCAACAAAACAACUCGGCUCCUUCGAAGUUCCAUCAGUGCCACAAAAGGAUGAGCUUUAUAGGUUGAAAGAGUUGGAGAAGAUAAUUUCUGCAGAAGAAAAAGAUAUUGCUAGACUUACUGGUGGAUCUUUAUUUUUCUAGGACUUGACGGCUAUUUACGACUUUGGGAUACAAAGAUGAGGCAGCUUCUUUUUUCUGUAGGUUUUAUAUCCUUUUUCUUUCACCCUUUUAGUAUGCUAUAUAGUUCAUUUUGCUAUAGCUUCUAAUUAUUGUGAACUUUAUUUAUUUCAUUUGUGAGCAAUUAUUAACUAACAGAAGGAUUUCAAUUGCUCACUGGAGGCAAACUCACAUGGAGGAAAUGACCAGGAGCUACUGAGGAUGUUAAUCUUAUUGCUGAAAGUUCAGAUAAGGGAGCAGUGAAAAUUAGUUCUUUGAGCAAAACUGUUGGUGUUGAACAGAUUGACUUACCCGGGAGUGAAGAUUUCUCGAUGGCAACUCAGAAUACAGCUCCAAAAGUUAAUCUUCAGAGUGUGCCUAUGAUGGUUAAGAGAAGUGCAAAUGAUGUUAAAGCAGAAUUGCAUGACUCUGAGUUGUGUCUUGGAGUGGGAUUAAAUGCAUCUACACAAUCGCAAAUUUCACAGAUUGGGGGAAAACUAGACGUGGAGUAUCAGAUGGAUGGAGGCAUUGAUUGUAAGCAAAAACAGCGUAUAAUGAAGUACCAAAGAGAAAACGGUCUAACAUUAUGGACAGGCUCGACGCAGAGGGCAUUAGCUGAUAUUAAUGCUUCUUAUUUGCUGUCUUCUGCUGCUGCUAAAGCUCCACAUUGGCUGAAUGCUGCUAUUAGCAACUCCAAGCAUGAUCUGCUUGAUCAUUAAGCAAUGAACAGGUCUAAUUUUCUCGGCACUAAGUUCACGAUCUUGGACGGUCCUCCACAUGAUUCUUCGCUUCCAUUGAGUUGUAAGUUGCAUCAAAAGGUCUAUCGGAAACAAGUACAUCCGAGAGCUGCUUCUGCUAACUUUAAAGUAGCAACAAUAUCUUAUGAACUUAAUCUUCUUCGUACGAGAGGUCCAAUGCGAAUGCGGUGUACAAUGCACUUAAUUCCGAUAUCUUCAGUCCAAGAAGGAGGGACUGCUCCUACUCCCAUGGAGUUUAGCAAUUGUCUUAAUGAGCGAGAAUCUCCAAAAGGAAAGAAGCCAGAAGUUGUUGAGUUUGGCUCAACUUGCACUGAUUUUGCAAGAGAACCACUGACUUUGAAAAACAAAGCACCUAGAUGGCAUGAACUACUUCAAUGUUGGUGCUUGAAUUUCAAGGGACGGGUUUCGGUGGCUUCGGUUAAGAAUUUCCAGCUUGUAGCAGCUGCAGAACCUUGCCAUAACGUUUCUGAACCUUGAAACAUGUGAAGUAUAAGAAACAAAUGAAUGUACGACACCGGUUCCCGUAUUAUUUUAUUGCCACGUUGUUGAUUGGACUGAAGUGCUAGAUAUAGUGACUCCGGUAUGUUAUCGGC